UUACGAUUGCGAUGUCGUGGUCUGUGAUGUUUGUUUUGAUUUUGAGAGAAGAAAAAGAAGAACCGAAAUCCUAGUUUUCCAAAAGGAAAAAUUAUUAUAUACUUAAUAUAUCCCACUAAAAUUUACAUAAUACCAAAGUGUAACUUAAAAUUUUCAAACAUGUCUGUAUCAAGAUUUACUUUUUUCCGUUCGUUGUACAAGUUAGAAAAUUUGGUUCUUCGUCGAUAUUCGGCGCAAAAUGCAAUAAAUCUAUCAGAUCCGGCGGUGCAAACUUAUCUUAAUCGUUUGAUGCUAGAACAUGCCAAUUUAGAAACAAAACCACGCCGAAAUUUUGAAGAAACCAGGCGGCUUCAGGAAAUAAAACCUAUAGUCCUUGCCCUGGAGCAACGUAUAGCUCUUUUUGAAAGCAUAGACUCUCUCAAAGAGUUGAAUAAGCGCGAUGGGCAGGACGAGGAGAUAAAGAAAAUGAUCAAGGAGGAGGCACAGAUAUAUUUAAAACGCAUGAAAGAAGUUGAUGGUGAACUACAGUCAAUACUUCUUGAACCAGUUUUGACCAAAGGUGGUGUACUAGUUGAGGUCACAACCGGAGCGGGCGGACAAGAGGCUAUGCUCUUUGCAAGGGAGCUUUUUGAAAUGUACCAGUCAUAUUGUGAAUAUAAAGAUUGGGAGGUUGAUAUUGCAUCUGUAGAGAAAUCUGAUCUUGGUGGAAUAAGGAAAGCUUCUUUUCUGGUACAUGGAUUAGGUGCCCCUGAACUAAUGAGAAUGGAAGCUGGAGUUCACCGUGUCCAAAGAAUUCCUGUCACAGAAAAAGGUGGCCGCAUCCACACCAGCACAGUCUCUGUGGCCGUCCUACCACAACCCUCUGAUGUCGAGCUGAAUAUACCCGACCGAGAUCUGAGCAUUGAAACUAAGAGAGCCAGUGGUGCAGGGGGCCAGCAUGUGAACACUACGGACAGUGCUGUGCGCAUCAUCCAUAUUCCUACAGGUACAGCAGUAGAAUGUCAGGAGGGUAGAUCACAGAUUAAGAAUAAACAGAUUGCUUUGCAGAAGUUACGCACACUCUUGCUACAGAAACAAGAGGAGGAGCAGUCAUCUAAAAUUAACAGUGAGAGGAAAUCACAGAUCGGUCAGAGUAAUAGAAAUGAGAAGAUAAGGACAUACAACUACCCACAGGACAGAGUUACUGAACACAGGGAAGGAGGCGGUACCACACACAGUUUGAAGACAUUCAUGCAAGGAGGCGAGCCGCUUGAAAAACUGCAAGAAUCCCUUCUAAGGCAACAGAGAUACCAGGCUGUCAUGACUGAAAUUAACGACUUUAUUGCCAGGUACAAAGCGGAGACUAGUGCAAAAAGUUAAAACCCUAAUGAAUUUAGUAAUUACUUAUAGUACUAAUACUGCUGAAAUAAAAAUAUGAAAAUUUCAAAUAUUGGUGAGUUUUAAUAUAUGUAUUUUACGUUUCAAAAAUAAUGUUUAGCUUGGAUUGUCUUGAAACUUUUGGCAAAGAUAUUUUUGAUCUAAAAAUAAUGAUUCUCUAUUUUGCUUUUAAAUUCAAGUUGUAUAAAUUGAUGCUGAAGUAAUGAUGUUCUAAAUAGAAAAACUAAUAAGCUAGAAUGUAUAAUAUAAUUUGGAAGAUAAAAUGUUUUAGUUGCUACAAAAUAAAACACUA